AUGAGACCUGUGAGGCUUCCCGCAGCUUUGGCUUUCCGCCGUCGCUAUGUGCCGGCGGUACGGCCAUCGUGGGUCUGCCCAUCAUGCAGCCAUGGCCAGACAUGGCGACAACGGUUCAUGAGCUCCGACAGCAAGAGCGACAAGCCAUACUACGUGACGACGCCGAUUUUCUACGUCAACGCAUCACCGCACGUCGGUCACAUGUACUCGAUGCUCCUUGCCGACGUCCUGAAGCGAUGGCAAGUCCUCAAAGGCCGGCCUGCUGUUCUCUGCACCGGUACCGACGAGCACGGCUCCAAGGUGCAGCAGGCGGCGGCGCGAGGUGGCAUGGCACCCAAGGAGUUCUGCGAUACAACGGCCGAGAAGUUCCGGGACCUGGCGCAGGCGAUUGGCAUGGAUAAUGACCACUUCAUCCGUACGACGGACCCGGACCACAAAGAUGCAGUGCAGUACUUCUGGCACCUUCUGAAGAAGAGGGGCUACAUUUACGAGUCCAAACAUGAGGGAUGGUACUGCGUCAGCGACGAGUGCUUCUAUGCAGCCCAAGAGAUCGAGCGAAAGGUGGUGCCGCAGACUGGGAGGACGGUGAUGGCUUCGAUCGAGUCCGGGAACGAGGUCGAGUGGGUAGAGGAGAAGAACUACCAUUUCCGCAUGACGGCGUUGAAGGGGAGGCUGUUAGAAUUCUACGCGGCAAACCCGGACUGGAUCGUGCCGAGGACGCGUAUGAAUGAGGUGAUCGCCUGGGUGUCGAACAACCUCGAAGACCUCUCCAUCUCGCGGCCGGUACAGAGGCUGGACUGGGGCGUGCGCGUGCCCGACGACCCGACGCAGACCAUCUAUGUAUGGGUUGAUGCGCUCAUCAACUACCUCACCAAGGCAGGCUUCCCCGGGUGGCAACCGGGCCGCGAGCACGAGGGCGGAUGGCCCGCGGACGUGCACGUCAUCGGCAAAGACAUUGUACGGUUCCACGGCGUGUACUGGCCAGCGCUUCUCAUGGCGCUGGACCUGCCGCUGCCGAAACAGUUAUUGACUCACGCGCACUGGACGUUGGGAAAGAGGAAGAUGUCCAAGUCGCUGGGCAAUGUGGUGAACCCGUUCUUCGCGAUUGACCGCUGGGGAUUGGACACAAUGCGAUACUUCAUGAUGCGCGACGGCGGCAUCGAGAAGGAUGCCGACUACGAGAACUCGUUCGUCAUGGCGAGGUAUCACAAGGACCUGCAGUCAACCCUGGGCAACCUAGUGAGCCGAGUCGCUAGGAGCAAGGUGUGGAAGGUCAGGGACUCGGUGGCAUGGGCGGGUGAGAAUAGCGCAUCCUUGGGGCAGAGUUUCACAGAGAGCGAGGCGCUGAAGGCGCUAGUCAACGAGAUGGCGGCCACCAUGUCGAAGCACAUGGACGAACUGGACCCCAACGCCGCAAUACGCAGCGUUUUCAGCGUUCUCGCUGAGACGAACAAGUACAUCUCCGACAGGGCCCCAUGGGAGCUGACCAAUUCAACGAAGACCGAAGACCAGGCCGCACUGCAUGAGAUCAUCUACUUCACCUCGGAGACCGUUCGCUGCGCGGGCAUCCUCCUCCAGCCCAUCAUGCCGGCUAAGAUGGGCACAUUGCUGGACAUCCUUGGUGUUCAGGUCGAUAGGCGCGGGUUUGAGCACGCGGCAUUUGGCGCGGACCUGACGACUGGCGUCGAUUGUAUGACGAGUAUCCAGCAAAUACCUUCUACCAUGGGCUCACUCGCUUUCAACUCCAAUAAGCCAUGGAUUGAGACACCAUGCGUCCGAUCGGCACCCCUCUCCCGCAUAGCAGGAUGCAACAUCUACCUUAAGCUCGAGAACCUCCAGCCGUCGGGGUCUUUCAAGUCCCGCGGCAUUGGGAACUUCAUGGUCCGCGCCGCCGAGUCCGCCCCCGGAGCCGAUGCUCACUUCUACUGCUCGUCCGGCGGCAACGCCGGCCUCGCGUGCGCGACCUCGGCCAUCGCCCUCAAGCGCAAGGCCACCAUUGUCGUGCCUAUGACAACGCCCGCCCUCAUGAUCUCCAAGCUGCGACUCCUGGGCGCACACUGCAUCCAGAUCGGCGAGAACUGGGCCCAGGCGGACCGCUACCUCCGUGAGGAGUUGCUAAUCAACGACCCAGCGGGCGUCUACGUGCCGCCCUUUGAUCACCCGCAUGUCUGGGACGGCGCCUCCACCAUUAUCGACGAGGUGGUAUUGCAGACCCCCCAAGAAGUCGACAUCAACGCAGUGGUGUGCUCCGUUGGCGGUGGCGGCCUGCUCAGCGGCCUUGCGCAGGGCAUCGCCCGGAACGAAUGGUUCGGCCGGCCUACGCCGACGCUGAUGGCGGUCGAGACCGUCGGGGCCGACAGCCUCAACGCCAGCGUGCGCGCCGGAGAGCACGUCACGCUCCCGGGUAUCACGUCCAUCGCGAGCUCGCUUGGCGCCACGCGUGUUGCGACCAAGGCGUGGGAGGUGGCACGCGACACCCCCGGCUUCCACAGCGUGACGGUGACCGAUGCCGAGGCGGCCACGGCCUGCGUGCGCUUCGUCGACGAUGCGCGGUUGGCCGUCGAGGCUUCCUGCGGUGCGACAAUCGCGACGGUGUACAGCGGCACUCUGCGGAAGCAACUGGGCCAUGGCGUAUCGGAUGAGGAGUGGGCGGAGAAGACCAUCGUGCUCAUCGUCUGCGGAGGGUCGAACGUCACCAUGGAGAUCUUGGACGGAUACCGUGCCAAAUUCGGCAUUGCCAUCUAG